CAUUAAGAUCCAAGCGCACGUUGCAUAGCGUCUCUAGAACCGAUAGUUCCUCUACAAAGACACUACGACUCGCAAUGGGACUCUGGCCGCGAACGCCAUUGCGCGACGCCACAUGGAUCAACAUCACGGCACAUGUACGGUACCUGAUGGACACUCACUAGAUUGUGGUCGAUGCGCAAGGCAGGAUGGUCACAUGGCACGCGUAAGGCGAAAGUCUACAGAGAGACUACUACUGCUGCUUCUUCCCAAGACGAUGAUAUCAUCCACGAGCACGACGUUGCCCAUGGAGCGUCAUCUGCUCGCCUCGAUAAUGAGAAUACCCGCUGCGAGACACCCGCUUACGCCCUCUCUGAAGACGAUGGUAUUGACGAGGCUGCAUCGAGAAUUCACAAUCGUCAAGCAAACAAGAUUGCGCAUGUUUCCAAGGCAAUCUGGAAGAACAUCAAAGCUAUCACGCAGAGCACAGGACGCUGAGCAAGGCAGCGCUAUUAUGACCAAGGCCAAGACUGCAGCAUCACAAGCAAAAACGGCGCACAAGUCUGCCAAGAAGGCCAAGAAAGCGGCAGCACGUCUGUAG